AUGUGUGGGGGUACACCAAAAGCUACAAAUGGCACAGGGGGACAAAUAGAAAGAGCAAGAAACAACAACGAUGUACCGCUUGGAAAUAAUCUCUCUUGUACCAAAUUGGAUGAAAGGAUUAGCAAAUCUUUGAGAGACCAAAGUGUCAGCUGUGUGAGCAAAGUGACUAGACUGCUGCAAAACAGCUGGUCCUCUUCAGAGUUUGACUUGAAUGAAAUCCGCCUGAUAGUUUACCAAGACUGUGAGAGGAGAGGCAGACAGGUCUUAUUUGAUUCCAAAGCAGUCCGCAAAAUUGAAGAAGCUGUGGUUCAGAAAAUGGCAGAGGAUGCUUCUGUAAAAACUUCUGCCAAGAACUGCCAAGCAAGCAAUGGGAACAACAAUAUUUCUUCCCAUAGUCCCUCAAUAAGCUGUAUGCAAAAUAUCAAAGAACAGAUACCAAAGUAUCAGUACACCAGACCAGCCUCUGAUGUCAACAUGUUGGGAGAAAUGAUGUUUGGCUCAGUGGCAAUGAGUUACAAAGGCUCCACCUUGAAAAUUCACUAUAUACGCUCUCCCCCACAGCUGAUGAUAAGUAAAGUCUUCUCAGCCAGGGUAGGAAGCUUCAGUGGAAGCAACAAUAACUUACAAGAUAGCUUUGAAUACAUCAACCAAGAUCCUAGCUUGGGAAAGUUGAGCUCGAAUCCGAAUGGUUUGGGAACCUGUCGCAGUGGAAGUAACUUAGGUGUGUUACAGCUGUGUAGCAGCAAACUGCUGCAGGGUGUGUCUGAAGGAGGUCGCCUCCGGCUCAUCCGCAGUGCUUCUUUCUUUGCAGCACACAGCACGCCUGUUGAUAUGCCUAGCAGAGGACAAAAUGAGGACAGAGACAGUGGCAUUGCUCGGUCAGCAUCUCUGAGCAGUCUUCUGGUGACUCCUUUUCCAUCUCCAAGCUCUUCAUCAUCAUCUUCUAGCAGCUACCAACGUCGCUGGCUCCGAAGUCAGACAACCAGUUUAGAGAAUGGAAUUAUUCCAAGGUGGUCCACUGAAGAAAUGUUUAGUAUGGCUGAUGAAAGCUGCAGCUCCAAUCCUGCAAUGGUUCGGAGGAAAAAAAUUGCAAUCAGCAUAAUCUUUUCUCUGCCUGAAAAAGAAGAAGCACAGAGAAACUUCCAGGAUUUCUUUUUCUCUCACUUUCCUCUUUUUGAAUCUCACAUGAACAAGCUGAAAUAUGCAAUAGAAAAGGCCAUGAUCUCCUGUAGAAAAAUAGCAGAAUCCAGCCAAAGAGUGCAGGUUUAUAUCAGCCGUGUCAUGGAUGCCCUGGAAGAAUUCAGAGUUACCAUCUGGAACCUAUAUUCUGUUCCAAGGAUUGCAGAACCUGUGUGGCUUAAUAUGAUGUCCAGCACCCUGGAAAAGAAUCAGCUAUGCCAGCGUUUUCUUAAAGAAUUUACAUUUCUGAUAGAACAGAUCAACAAAAAUCAGUUCUUUGCUGCUUUGUUAACCGCGGUGCUGACAUAUCAUCUGGCUUGGGUCCCAACAGUAAUGCCGGUUGACCAUCCUCCCAUAAAGGCCUUCUCUGAGAAGCGUACAUCACAGUCUGUGAACAUGCUGGCAAAAUCCCAUCCGUAUAAUCCUCUCUGGGCACAGCUUGGUGAUCUGUAUGGUGCCAUAGGCUCUCCAGUUAGAUUGACUCGAACUGUUAUUGUUGGAAAACGCAAGGAGCUGGUGCAGCGCUUGCUCUAUGUUCUAACUUACUUCAUUCGGUGCUCUGAGCUGCAGGAAAAUCAGAUGACAUGGAGUGAGAAGGCUGGGGAAGGCGAGCAAGUGCUAAAUGGAAGCAAGAUCACAACUGCACUAGAAAAGGGAGAGGUAGAGGAGUCUGAUUAUGUGAUUGUCACUGUUAAAAAUGAACCUGCUCUUGUGCCUCCCAUCCUACCUCCAAAGAAUGAUGGAAGUAAGAACAAUAGUAUUGCAGAGUGGGUACACGACCCAGAAACCACUCAUGCUGUCCCAGCCUCUUCAAAGGAAAAGAGAGAAGCAAUAGGAAAGGCCAGUCAGAACUCUGAAGCAUCUGUUGACUCUCUAACUAGCAGUUUCCCUAAAGGAGCAGCUGAUGGUAGGAAAAGAACCGUCACUGAUAUGGGAAUUGUAUCCUACCACUUUGAAGAGCCAUCUAAAUUGGAGGAUUUAAUGGAUAUAAAGAAGAACAAGAACCAGAAUGAAAGAAAAGUGGAAAAGCAAUUGUCUAGUAGGUCAUCUGCCUUACCUUGUCCUGAAAGGUCUGGCCACAGGAGUUCACACUUAGAAAAAGUGACCUUUCAGAUUGGAAGUUCUGCGUCACCAGAGUCAGACUUAGAAACUCACAGAAGUCAAAUGGAAGAAAAUCUGAAGGCAUUCAGAAAAAAUCUAGAGGUGACACAUUGUGCCUCAAGUUCCACAAAUCUGACUGUGGAUGCUUCCCAGAAUCAAAAAGAAAGCUGUGAAGCUGCAUUUAUACCCUUCAGUAAACAUAAUGUUUGUUAUGCACAAAUCCCACCUUAUGAAGGGAAGGAGAGUAUACUUAAUAACCAACAUAGGGAAAGUAAAGGAACUGAAAUGAAUUUAGUGAACACAGUAUCUAGUGAACCAUUUUUGCCCACAGAUAACAUAGACACUGUAAAAUUGCCAAGCUUGAAAGAAACUAGAACUUUAUGCUCUGGCAAUCUGGAGAACUAUUCCCCUGGCUGUGUAGAAUUAAGUUCUGCUGUCAAACAAGAUUCCCCUAAAGUAGGUGCUAAAGAUGUCCCCUAUGGGGAUGCUGGAAGGAAAAUCCCCUUCAGAGUUGAAGGGGACAUUCCAAGGAACGAGAGUUCAGACAGUGCUCUCGGAGCCAGUGAUGAAGAAGGUGAUUGUUGCAUCCCUGAUGAAGUGCAUCAUGAUAAUGUCAGCAAAAGACCUGAAGAGUUUGCAGAAGUGGAACUUCCUUUACCAAGGUCAAAUACAAUCAGCAGUCAAUGUGUGAAAAAUUUUGGAAGAUCACUUCUAGGUGGUUACUGUCAUACGUAUAUACCUGAUCUAGUGCUACAUGGAAUAAAUAAUGAUGAAAAACUCAAGCAGUGUCUACUAGCAGACCUACUUCAUGCAAUGCAUCAUCCAGUGCUAGAUGAGCCCAUAGCAGAAGCUGUCUGUAUUAUUGCAGACACAGAUAAAUGGAACGUACAAGUAGCUACAAGCCAGAGAAAGGUGAUGGACAAUAUGAAGUUGGGCAAGGAUGUUUUGGUUUCGAGUCAAGUAUCCAGUUUAUUGCAGUCUAUUUUACAGCUUUACAAACUCAACGUCCCAGCUGACUUUUGCAUAAUGCAUCUUGAGGAUAGACUACAAGAAAUGUAUCUCAAAAGCAAAAUGCUUUCAGAAUAUCUGCGAGGACAUACCAGAGUGCAUGUAAAAGAACUAGGAAUUGUAUUGGGGAUUGAAUCCAAUGACUUGCCUUUGUUGGCUGCUAUAGCAAGUACUCAUUCCCCGUAUGUUGCUCAAAUACUCUUAUAA